AUGGCUUCAAAGGGUGGCGCUGACAAGCUUCUGCAGCUGGUGAAGCUCAGGCGCACAUACUACGCACUAAACAAGUAUUUGACCAUUCCCCGUCCUCGUGUUGAGCAAAUAGUCAAAGAGUCGCUUCUUUAUGUGCCAAGCAGCUUCAAUUCGCAGUCGACUCGAGUUGUGUUGUGGGACAUAGUUACGGAUGUUCUUAGAAAAAAGGUUGCCGAAGCAAAAUGGGAACCGACAAGUCGCAAAAUGGCCAUGUUUAAGAGGGCUGUAGGAACUAUCAUGUUCUUUGAAGACCAGGCAAUCGUAGACGAAAGCAUUGUCCAGUUCCCGUCGUAUGCCCAACACUUUGGCACAUGGGCAACGCAGUCGGAUGCCAUGUUGCAGCACACCAUCUGGCUUGGGCUCGAGGCAGAGGGGCUUGGUGUCAAUCUACAGCAUUACAAUCCAAUCAUAGAUGACAGAGUGGCUGAAGAGUGGAAACUUCCUGCAAGUUGGAGAUUGAAUGCCCAAAUGGUCUUUGGUGGUUAUGAAGACACCCCGACCGAAAAGAGCUUUAUGCCGCUUGAAGAGAGAUACAAAGUGUUUCAAGGCGAUGGAGAGUAA